AUGAUGUCAAUGAAAACAUUAGGUUCAAAUAAUUUAAUAAAAUCAAUAUUUUCAAAACAAAAUGAAUUAACAAAAUCAGUUUCAACAAUUUUAGAUUUUAAAACAAAUCCAAAACAAUCAAUUGAUGAUAUAAUAAUAAGAUCAGAUAAAGAAAUUGGUGGAUUUUCAACUGUAAAUUUUACUUAUGAUGAAAAAGAAAAAUGUGGUCAUUUUUUUGGAAAUUUAUCAUUAGAUUUACCUAAAAAUAAUCCAACUAUUACAAGAUCAGGUUAUGCAAUGUUUAGAACUAAAGAUCAAUCACAAAGUUGGCUCAGUGGUGAUAAAUAUUGGGAUUGGACUAAUUUUUCAAGUUUAGUUAUGAGAGUUAAAGGUGAUAGAAGAAAAUAUUUAGUUAAUAUUCAAGCUAAUACUCCUUUAGUUACUGAUUUAUUUCAACAUAGAUUAUUUUUAAAUCAUCCUGGUCAAUGGGAAACUAUUGUUAUACCAUUAAAUGAUUUUGUAAUGACUAAUUGGGGUGUAAUACAAGAUGGUUCAGAAUUAAAUAAAUCUGAAGUUAAAACUGUUGGUAUUGGAUUAUUAGAUAAACAAUAUGGUCCUUUUAGUUUAAAAUUAGAUUGGUUAAAAGUUAUGACUGGUUCAGAAAUUUUAAAAAAUUCUGAAAUUUUACAUAAUGAAAAAUUAACUAUAUUAAAUGAUAAUUAUAAUAUUAUUAAUGAAAAUGAAAUUAAAAAUCAAGAUAGUGGUGCUUUAGGAACUGAACCAACUUAUUUUAAAAAGGAUUAA